GCCCUUCGGAGGGCGAUAUAUCCCGUUUGGAACGCACCGAAAAUAGCAGAUCAGUAAGUUGGCUUUUUCAAGCCAACUUAAUUAAAGUUGUACUUCCGUCGUGUACAGGAACGUCACGGUGAGACGUCAUCAUAGUGCCACAACUUCCUGUUUUUGUUCCAUAUACUCCUGAGUGAAUAAUGGCUGAAUUAAACCGGCAGCUUCAGGAAUAUUUAGCUCACUCUAAAAGCGGCGCGAAGACGAUAUCACAGUCCAGUUCCAGCACAACCAUAGACAUUGAUGAACCCGCUUCGGUGCCAGAGAGCUGGUUCGGCAGGUGGUCGAGUCCAUUCACUGGAUCUAACAGCCGUGGAGCGUCAUCAGGCCAAGGAUCGAGCAGCGGCUUCUCGUGGCCGUGGUCUUCAGAACCUGAUCCAUGUUUGCCGGGCAUGAGUCGAUCCCAGCGACUGAUCGCGUUCGGAACGUGUAUUUUCUUCUCUGCUCUGUGUUUCGGACUGUCGGCACUUUAUGCUCCUUUACUCCUGCUGAAGGCGCGUAAGUUCGCUCUGCUGUGGUCGCUCGGCUCCGUGUUCGCGCUCAUCGGGGCGGCGAUCUUCCGCGGACCAAGUAAACUCAUCGCAACUCCCACACCGGGAGCCGCGGUGUAUCUGUGCUCUCUGGUAGGCACUCUGUAUGCGGCGCUGAGCCUUCACAGCACGCUGCUCACCGCUCUUGGAGCCUGCCUUCAGAUUGCUGCUAUUGUGGGUUACAUCGUGGCUUUGUUGCCGGGUGGGAGUGCCGGGAUGAGGUUUAUGGGUGGCAUGGCAGCGUCCGCUAUUAAAAGGACUAUGACUGGUAAGACCAUGCCUAUAUGACCAAGGAACUCACGGACUAGGCAACAGACAAUAUCUAACAUGGAUUUUUUUUUUUUUUUUUUGAGUGACUGGUCUGGUACUGCCAUUUGAUUGUGAAACUCUGGCUGUAGCCUAUACAGAGGAAUCCAGCGUGAGGCAGCAUUCUGUGGAUGGGGAUAUUUAAUUUUUUUUUUUUUUUUUAGUAAUGAGUAAUUAAUAGUAAUUAGUUUUGUAAUUUUCAUCGUGACAAGGACCAUAUAUAUGACCAAAACAUAUUACUUGCCUUUUAACUUUCUGCUUUUGAAACUUAAAACUUACCUUUAUAAAUAAACUUAAUGAACAAUCUUAA